AUGACUAUAGACUCUAAAUGGUGGAAAGAUGCCUCGAUUUAUCAGAUUUGGCCGGCUUCUUAUAAGGAUUCGAAUGGGGAUGGAGUAGGUGAUUUGCAAGGAAUCAUUUCUACUUUAGACUACAUUAAGAAUUUGGGAGUCGAUAUAAUUUGGCUUUCACCGAUGUACGAUUCCCCUCAAGAUGACAUGGGAUAUGAUAUUUCAGACUAUCAAAAGAUUUAUCCGAAGUAUGGAACAAUGGAGGAUAUGGAUAAUUUGAUUAAGGGGGUUCACGAAAGAGGAUUGAAAUUGAUUUUAGAUUUGGUUAUCAACCAUACUUCAUCUGAACAUGCUUGGUUUAAAGAGUCGAGAAGUUCUAAAACUAAUCCUAAAAGAGACUGGUAUAUUUGGAAACCUCCACGUUAUGAUGAACAUGGUAACAGACAUCCCCCAAAUAACUGGAUGUCCUAUUUUUCUGAGUCUGCGUGGGAAUAUGACGAAUUAACAGAUGAAUACUACUUACAUUUGUUUGCUAAAACUCAGCCGGACUUGAAUUGGGAGAAUGAGGAAACUAGAAAAGUCAUAUAUGAUACUGCUUUGAAAUUUUGGUUCGACAAAGGAGUCGAUGGCUUUAGAAUUGAUACCGCUGGUAUAUAUUCGAAGGUACAGACCUUUCCGGAUGCACCUAUAGUAAUCCCAGAUUCACAAUAUCAGCCAUGUAAACUUUAUCACCUCAAUGGGCCAAGGAUACAUGAAUUUCAUAAGGAAAUGUUCGCUAAUGUGACGUCAAAGUACGAUGUUAUGACGGUCGGAGAGUUAGGUCAUUCUUCGAUAGAAGAAACCUUGAAAUAUGUCAGUGCCAAGGAAAAUGAGUUGAACAUGGUUUUCUUAUUUGAUCUCGUCGAACUUGGUGCAAACCCUGAUGAUAAAUUUGACUUCAAAGGGUUUACGCUCAAAGAUUUUAAAGAUUGCAUCAAGAAACAAAGUUCAUUCACAGAAAAUUCUGAUGGCUGGGCGACUGCAUUCUCUGAAAAUCACGAUCAACCCAGAUCAAUCACUAGAUUUGGAAAUCCAUCUCCAAAAUAUCAUUUCAAAUCUGGAAAAUUGUUAGCGCUUAUGAUGACUACAUUGACCGGUACUCUUUUCAUCUAUCAAGGUCAAGAGAUUGGUAUGAGUAAUCUUCCACGAUCAUGGUCUAUUGAUGAAUAUUUAGACAUCAACACUAUAAACUAUUGCAAGGCUUUCAAGGAAAAGUAUGGUGAUGAUAAAGAAAAAUUUGAAAAGUUAAUGGAUGUUAUCAAUCUUUUGGCCAGGGAUCAUGCAAGAUCCCCAGUUCAAUGGGACUCUACGAAGAAUGCUGGCUUCACUUCGGGAACGCCUUGGACUAGAGUCAACGAUAAUUAUACUUCGGUGAAUGCUGCUUCUCAAAUUAAUGAUCCCGAUUCCUUAUACUCUUUUUGGAAGCAAUCGCUUUUGAUCAGAAAAGAAUUCAAAGAUUUGUUCAUUUAUGGUUCAAUGGAAAUCCUUGAUUACGAUAAUCUUAAAGUGUUCACAUAUAUUAAGGAAUUCAAAAAUCAAAAGGCUUAUAUAGCCUUGAAUUUCAGCUCCGAAACAGUUCCAUUUGAAAAUUUGUCAUCAGGAAAGUUAGAGCUUAUUCAUUCGAACGUUGUGUCUUCUGAGACAGAUGAAUUAACGCCAUAUGAAGGAAGAGUUUACAUAGUUAAAUAA